CGUGCCGCUAGCUUUGUCUAUCAAAUCGCCAGGACGUGAACGCAAAGGAAAGAUAAUCGAACAAGGAACGAAUCGAACAACAUUGCAUUUGGGGCAUAAACACUGUAAAAAUGCCUCUCGGUCGGUUAUUGUUGCGGGCAUCGACUAUCAAUAAGAUGGUCAGCAGAAAUGCCUUCACCGCCUUAAAACCUGACCCUUCAAAGCCAAACAUGCUGAGAGUAGGAAUGGCAUUUGGAAGCACAGCUUUCCUCUGGGGAUUGCUCUUCAUACAACACAGCACUGAUGUGCGAGAAUACAAAACAAGGAAUGGACUAGAGUAAAUCAUUGGGGUGCUGAGUGCUGCUCAUUGGUUCUCUGGGUUAUCCCAUUUAAAUGUUCAUCUGCUAUGAAAAUAUGUACAAAAAUGUUUAAUAAAAAUGUGUAUUUGAGAAAUCA